AUGUCUGAAACUGGAAAAAUAGCGUUUCUGGGGUUGGGUGCCAUGGGGUUUGGAAUGGCCACAAACUUACUUUCGAAUAAACUCCAAGUAACAGGAUUUGACGUCUGGCCGCCAACCCUCGAGAAAUUCGUCGCAGCCGGAGGUUCCUCUUCAUCUACACCCCGCGAAGCAGUUAAAUCAGCACCAUAUGUCGUUUUCAUGGUCGCAACAGCAGCUCAAAUCCUCUCCGCACUCUUCGAUCCCGAAACCGGUGCGAUUGAAACUCUGGAACAGGGCGCAACACUUAUACUCUGCUCAACAGGACCGCCAGAGCAUAGUCCCAAUGUACGAAAACUGCUGGAUGAGAAAAACAGAACAGAUGUUAAGGUUAUUGACGCGCCAGUUUCGGGAGGUACAAUAAGGGCUGCGAAUGGCACGUUGACGAUUCUGGCGAGUGGAAAUGAGGAGGAUAUUGCGGGUGCGAGGAAGGUGUUGGAUGUUAUGGCUGGACCGAACUUAUAUCUGAUACCGGGGGGUCUUGGUGCUGGAACCAAAGUGAAGAUGGUACAUCAAGUGCUGGCAGGGAUACAUAUCGUGAUGUCAAGUGAAGCAAUGGGCUUCGCUGCCAAAUUGGGAUUGGAUACCAGGAAGGCGUACGAGGUGUUGAAGAAAGGAGAGGGAAUGAGUUGGAUGUUUGAGAAUAGAGGACCGCAUAUGAUCGUGCCUGAUGAGAAGGUAUAUUCUGCGCUGGGUAUUAUUGUUAAGGAUAUUGGUAUUGUCACAGCAGCAUCCCGUCGCACUACAUCGAAUCCAGGGUUUCCUCUUUUCCUCUCCUCAGCGACCGAACAAGUUCUUGCGGCAGGUAUAUCCGCUGGUUACGAUCGUCUCGAUGACGCGCAACUCACAAGAGUCUACCUCCCUUCGACUCCAUCAUUAGUCCUCGAUCUCGCAUCUCAAGACGCAUCCUGCACAGAUUUUACACCAGAAGAAACUAGCAAAUUGAAACUCGUAGAAAGUACCAUGAAGGCAGUUCAUCUAGUCAGUGCCAUGGAAGCGAUGUCACUAGGAAAGACCGUCGGAUUAGAAACGAACCAAUUAUUCGAAAUCAUAAAAGGUGCGGCUGGGUCGAGUUGGAUGUUUGCAGAUCGCACACCUCAGUUGCUGUCAGGGAAAUGGACGUCAAAGGAAACUGUAAACGAUACAAUUGAUUCGCUGACAACAGCCAUCACCGAAGCAAACGCGCUGAAAUACCCACUUCAUCUCGCAGCCAUCACGCUCCAAAUUCUACAACUUGCGUCGCUGAAGGGAUAUGGAGAUGAACCUGAUCUGGCUGUGAGUAGGGUGUGGGAUCGCGAGACGAGUUUGUAUCCUGGGAAGAGGGUAUGA